AUGGCCCCCUCGGCGUCCUCACACAAUUUCCAGAAGCUUAAACUCAAAACCUCGUCGCCCGCCAAACCUGUCGUCUCUACCUUUGCCUCGUUCCCUCGCCAGGAAUGCCCGCAGCCGGCUACUAAGCAUGCUGCUACGCCGCCGCAAGACAUUUACGAGGCUGCCGCCCUCACUCGCGUCCCUGGUGACCGCAAUGGCCGCUCCUUUGGCGGCAGCAGUGCCCUAGGCAGCAGUGGGAGCGACGAAGACGAUGCGCUGGCCAGGUUCAACGAGCGGCGGCCGUCCAUCACUUUCAACAGCGAAGUCAAGCUCGACAAUGGCGAACGCCAUGCGCUCGAGGUGCCCAUCCCCAAAGCAUCGCGAGGAUCACGUUCACGCACGCCCGAGGAGGGCAGCUACUCUGAUCGAGAGUACCUCGAGAUGCCCUACCAUGUGCGUAGGCACAGACAGUACGGUGUCGGCGAGGCCACCUAUCCUCUUGCACAGCCUACCGUCCAUGACUUGGCAAAGAAUCCCGAAUACAUCGACCAGGUCGCAUCCCUCACCUCGGCCACUACCGCCUCUCCUCUGCUUGAGGAAGCCCAGACGCCUCUCGAGACCCCGACCGACUUUAUCCUCUCCCCCUUGGGGGCCACGUCUCCCUCUGACUUUCCGCUCUUUGCACGGCGGAACGUGCCGGUGAGAAACAAGAGCUAUCGGUCCGAAAUAGGAGAAGAGGGCAGCUUACGGCGCGCAAGUCGUCGAUCCUCCACACGCUCGGGUCGCUCCCUGUCGUCCAUGUCGCCGGCUGCUUCGUUUCUGGCACGCUACAAAGCCUCCGAGGCGCCCAUCAAGCCAAGCGAACCCGACGACGAAGGCCAAGGCAUAGGCUACGAGGGUGAAUACAUCAUUGGCAAGCAAAUCGGUUAUGGUGGUUUCAGUAUCGUCAAGGAGGUUACGAGCAUGGAAGACGGCAAGCCUGUGGUCAAUGCCGUCAAGAUUGUGCGCAAGACACAGCAGGACAAGUCCGAGCUUGAGAAUGAACGUAUUCAAUCCCAGUUCGAUCACGAGGUGGAGAUCUGGCGGUUCUUGCGACAUCCCUACAUUCUUCCUCUGCUUAGAGUGUACACUACCGAGUUUGCUACCUUUUGUAUCACAAAGCUGAACAAGGGGGGCACUCUCUUCGAUCUGAUCCGGGAGACGCGCCGUCAGAAAAAGUCUGGUCUCCCGGCCCAUCUAGUGAAGCGCUAUGCUUACCAGCUGGCCUCGGCGAUGCGCUACCUGCACAACGAUGUUCAAGUCGUCCAUCGCGACAUCAAGCUCGAGAACUGCCUCGUUGAUAGGACGGGCCCAGAUUCCGAUCGUGAUGGAGGCAACCUCCUGCUUUGUGACUUUGGCAUGGCCGACUUCAUUGUGAGCGACCAACGUGAUGGUCCAGAGCCCAUUUCCAGUGGCGACAAUCUCAACAUUGGUCCUGCAAACACUAGCACGUCCUUUGCAGGCAGCUUACAGUACGCCGCUCCCGAGCUCUUCAGUGCUACCACCCCCCUUUUUUCGCCAGCGGCCGACAUGUGGGCCUUUGGUGUCGUUGUCUUUGCGCUGCUCACGGCCAGACUGCCCUUUGACGAUGGGCUUGACAUAAAGACGACCGAGAAGAUUCUGCGUGGCGAAUGGGAUGAAGAGCUCAUUCGCAACGCAGAAGCCGUCAAAGGAGGUUGUCCCGAGGACGCUUUAGCUCUCGUCAAAGGUUGUCUCGCAAUGGACCCUGAGCAACGCUGGACCGUCAACGAUGUCUUACAUUGCCCCUGGCUUGCCGAGUCUGCCCAACAGUUUGAACAUGUCAACUGUGACUGGGUUGCCGGCUCCUAG